AUGGUAAAAAGCUCUUUCCUACACCGUCGUCCACCGCCACUCCUUCUCUCUCUCUCCGACCAUCCUCUUCUCACCAAAACUCCCCAUCAAUGUGUCCCUUUUCUGGAAUUACUCUUCUCUCAUGGCACAAUCCCUAAUCUCAAUGUCUUGCCGUCUCCUACCAUCUUUUCUACUCAUUUGCCUUUCUCUUUGCUACCACAGAGUGCUCUCAGCUGCCGCAUUAUUUAUCUCUGCCGUGAUCCCAAGGACACAUUUGUAUCGUUGUGGCACUUCCUUGAGAGGUGGAUUAUUAGCUCUACUGCACACACUAGUACUCAAGGCUUGUAUCUCAGCAAGGCAUUCCAGAUAUUUUCCCAAGGAACAGCUCAUUAUGGCCUUUUCUGGGAUCACGUGCUGGGAUACUGGAAGAGCAGCUUGAGAAGACCUGAGAAGGUGCUCUUCUUGAAGUAUGAGGGGAUAAUGCAGGAUCAAGUUAGCCAUUUGAGAAGACUGGUUGAGUUCAUGGGAUGUCCUUUUUCCAGAGAGGAAGAAAGAGAUGGAGUAGUUAAGGACAUUGUGAAGCUUUGUAGCUUUGACAACUUAAGAGAUCUUGAGGUGAACAAGGAUCCUAAGGGCAGUUUGGAGGGGAAAAGCAUGAAACCACCACCAUCUUAUUUUUUUCAGGAAGGGAAAGGUGGGGAUUGGGUGAAUUAUAUGAGCAUGGAGAUGGCUGAGAAGUUGGAUGCUAUUACUAAGGAGAAGCUGCAUGGCUCUGGCUCUGGUCUUAGUUUUGAGUCUAGCACCGUGCUUCCAUAAAGACAUGUUCUCAAAUGUAGGGUUUUAUGAUCAUGUG